GGGCGGGAGGAGGGGAACGCCAUAUAUAGAUCUGGGGAGCCGGGAGCGGCGGAGAGUGGAAUCCGUCCGCGGCUUGAGUGGGACGACUGUCCGGCGCCAGCCCACCCAGCCCAGCUCUCACAGGUCCCCCGUGGUGCGUACAACCCGCCUCCCAGCCAUGCGCCUCCUCGCGCUCAUCGGCGCCUGCUGCCUCCUGGCCGUGGCUCUGGCCGCCGAGGUGAAGAAGCCCGCGGCUGCUGCAGCACCGGGCACGGCAGAGAAGCUGAGCCCCAAAGCGGCCACGCUGGCCGAGCGCAGCGCCGGCCUGGCCUUCAGCCUGUACCAGGCCAUGGCCAAGGACCAGGCGGUGGAGAACAUCCUGCUGUCGCCCGUGGUGGUGGCCUCGUCCCUGGGGCUCGUGUCGCUGGGAGGCAAGGCGGCCACGGCCUCCCAGGCCAAGGCGGUGCUGAGCGCGGAGCAGCUGCGGGACGAGGAGGUGCACGCGGGCCUGGGCGAGCUGCUGCGAGCGCUCAGCAACAGCACGGCGCGCAACGUGACCUGGAAGCUGGGCAGCCGCCUGUACGGGCCCAGCUCGGUGAGCUUCGCAGAGGACUUCGUGCGCAGCAGCAAGCAGCACUACAACUGCGAGCACUCCAAGAUCAACUUCCGCGACAAGCGCAGCGCCCUGCAGUCCAUCAAUGAAUGGGCGGCGCAAACCACCGACGGCAAGCUGCCCGAGGUCACCAAGGACGUGGAGCGCACGGACGGUGCCCUGCUGGUCAAUGCCAUGUUCUUCAAGCCGCAUUGGGAUGAGAGGUUUCACCACAAGAUGGUGGACAACCGAGGCUUCAUGGUGACCCGAUCCUAUACUGUGGGUGUUACCAUGAUGCACCGCACAGGCCUCUACAACUACUACGAUGACGAGAAGGAGAAGCUGCAGAUUGUGGAGAUGCCCCUGGCGCACAAGCUCUCCAGCCUCAUCAUCCUCAUGCCGCACCACGUGGAGCCCCUCGAGCGCCUUGAGAAGCUGCUGACCAAGGAGCAGCUGAAGAUCUGGAUGGGGAAGAUGCAGAAGAAGGCUGUCGCCAUCUCCCUGCCCAAGGGUGUGGUGGAGGUGACCCACGACCUGCAGAAACACCUGGCCGGGCUGGGUCUGACUGAGGCCAUCGACAAGAACAAGGCAGAUUUAUCACGCAUGUCGGGCAAGAAGGACCUGUACUUGGCCAGUGUGUUCCACGCCACUGCCUUCGAGUGGGACACAGAGGGCAACCCCUUUGACCAGGACAUCUAUGGGCGCGAGGAGCUGCGAAGCCCCAAGCUCUUCUAUGCUGACCACCCCUUCAUCUUCCUGGUUCGAGACACCCAGAGUGGCUCACUGCUGUUCAUUGGGCGCCUGGUUCGGCCCAAGGGUGACAAGAUGCGAGACGAGCUGUAGGGCCCCAGGGUCGUGGGAUGGCAGGAGGCAGCCGAAGGCUCCUGAGACACAUGGGUGCUAUGGGAGGGAGGGAGUUGAGGUACUGACCUUGGAUAGUCCAUGGGGUAGGGGUGGGCAAACAGAGCAGGCUUCCUGUGUGUCUGAGCAGACUUCCCAGCCAUCUGCUUGGACGUGGGCUCCCAGAUACCAUGAUGCUGAGCCCAGGAACCCCAGGGACCCCACAUUCUGUGGGACCUGGGCAGUAGUCAUGUCCUGCCCUCAGAGCCCUGGGUUUAAGCCUGCCUCAAUCAGUGUUCAUAUUUAUAGCCAAGUGCUUUCUCAUCUGUGAGACGGAAUCGAGCUAGUGGGGGCUCAGCCCAGGCCCCGUGGAACGGGGGCCCUCUUUCCCUGACCCGACCAUCACCUCAGCCCUCUCUCCAGCUCUAUUCCAAUCCUCUCCCAACUUCCCUCAACUAUAAAAUGAGGUGCUGCACCCCCUGGGACAAGUACUCCCAUGAUGGCCCUGGCCCCAGUUGAGGGGGGUGGGAUCGGGAAAUAGCUCAUGGGGUGGGGGUGGGGGCUCAUGGGCGGAUUCUGGUCAGGCAUCAUGGGGAUGAACUUUUUUUCUCCGUUUGUAGAUUUUCAAAGAUGGGGAGGGAAGGGGGAAAAUGAGCCUUUGUUGCUGUCACAUCAAGAACUUAUUUGUACAAUUUUUUUUUUCAAUAAAACUUUUCCAGUGAA